CACAAAAAUAAGAUGCGCAACGUAGAACGAAAUGCCAAGCAUGGUCAUGAAGAAGUUGUUGAGCUGACCACAUCCAGCCAACAUCACCAGGAACUGCUCAACAUAGAAGGAGAACUAGAUGUUAACUCGAGUGAUACAUACACUGUUCAACAAGCAGUUAAUCUUUUAGGAUUCGGAUGGUUUCAUGUUAAGUUAUCACUCAUUGUGGGACUUUGUUGGAUGGCCGACUCUAUGGAAAUGACUAUACUUAGUAUUAUUGGACCAACAAUGCAAUGCGACUGGAAUAUAUCAACUUAUCAGAAAGCCCUGAUGACGACAGUUGUAUUUCUGGGAAUGAUGAUCAGUCCGUUAUUUUGGAGUCAAUUAAGUCAUCGAUAUGGCAGAAAAUCCGCUUUAACAUUUUGUGGUGUGCUGCUUGUGUUAUAUAGUUUACUCAGUUCUGUGGCCCCAAACUUCAUCUGGCUGUUAAUUUUACGUGGACUCGUGGGAUUUGCUAUCGGAUGCACUCCGCAAUCUGUCACUCUAUAUGCCGAAUUCCUUCCUUCAAAAUACAAGGGAAAAUGCGUGGUAUUAAUGGACUGCUUCUGGGCUUUGGGCGCUUGCUUUGAAAUUACUUUGGCCUUAGCAGUUUACCCUAACUUUGGUUGGCGUUGGCUUUUGGGCUUAUCGGCGGCACCAUUAUUACUAUUUACUGCUUUGACACCGUGGCUUUCAGAAUCUGCGCGAUUUUAUACCCUUAAUGGAAACAACGAUAAAGCGCUUCGAGUUUUGGAGCAGAUUGCAAAGGAUAAUAACAGACAAAUGUUAAUCGGUCGUCUAAUAGUUGACUAUGAAACCAAUUCACCUGUUCAAAUGAGAACAUUACUUAAACCCGAACUAAGGAAAAUAACACUCCUGCUCUGGUUUCUAUGGAUGUCAUGUGCGUUCUGCUAUUACGGCUUGGUAUUGAUAACUGUAGAGUUAUUUCUUAAGGACAAAGUUAAUUCCGUAAAUCAGGGAUGCAGCACAUUCAAUACACAAGAUUUUAUGGACCUAUUGUGGAUUACUUUCUCUGAAUUUCCUGGAAUAUUUGUAACAAUAGCUAUUAUUAAACGAUGUGGCAAGAAAAAAACGAUGGCCAUGCAAUUUCUAAUUUUUUCUGGAUGUGUUUCAAUACUAUCGCUUAUUAAAAGCCGCAUCUACACCACUACCGUCUUAUUUAUUGCCAGAGGUGUUAUAUCCGGUCUGUUUCAAGCUGCAUACAUAUAUACUCCUGAAAUUUAUCCAAAAAAUUUACGCGCUGUUGGAGUCGGCGGAUGUUCAACAAUAGCUCGGAUUGGCGCCAUGGCUACACCAUUUGUUUCACAAGUACUUUUACACAAUUCUUCGUCAAGUGCGCUCAAUAUUUAUAGCUUGGUUGGUUUAUUAUCUGCAGUCGCUUGCAUUAUACUUCCAGACAGCAAAAUUUUAGGAUAAAUGUAGAAUGUUUACUUGUAAAUUGUGUGCAUUUCACACAAAACAAAACAUCCAUGAAAACGCCUAGAAACAUAAAAUUAUAAAAUCACAAUUUUCUUUAAAAAAAAAUUAUAACGUAGGUUGAUUCUAUGCCACUAGCAGCGUUGCCAGAACCUAUAGCGCAAAUAAAGGGAAGAUUAAGGGGAUUGACACCCUCCAUGAAAGCGUAUUUAGUACCGCGCCCAGAAUUUCUCUUGGCGGCCCUGCUCGUGUCGAAUAUGUGUACCACGUCACCAAUCUAUACCAAAUUUUACAUACACAUUGUGCUCGGCUUGCUUAAGCACCAUGUUGAAAACUGUUUACAUCUACAUAGUUAUGUUAUCAAGUACACAAAUAACUUAUUUUCUUAAUAAAAAAUUUGGAGCUGCA